CAUGGUUCAAAGCAAGCAGGGGGUCGAUCUCGAUCUAGCGGUGGGGACGCAGGCGUUAUGAUGUUUGAGAAUGAAACUGAAAGCGCAGCGCAAAGUUCGCGAGUUUUCUAUCCAUGUACUUAGAAGUAACGGGCCCUACUCGGUGGAUCGAUUCACUUGAGGAAGUUGGAGGGGUUGUCACAUGCCAACUUGUAGAAUGACGCGCGGUCUACUUCUAGAAGACAUAGCACAGCCUUCCGCCCCCUUCUUUCUAAUCCAUGGCAAAACCAAGGGAGCUCCGUGCUCGCACGAAACCGCGGCACCAAGUGAAAUAGCAGACGCUCCUGGUGCAUCGGUGGGGAGACAUCAAGAAUUCUUGGCGCGUUGCCAAAGCAGCGAACAGCAACCCACUGGUGUCGUUUUUGGCGCAGGUCGAACGAUUCACUGGACUGGGGGUGAAGAUUCCCAUGAGGAGGAAGGCCCCGAUCAUACGGAGGAAGUCAAAGGACAGGAGGGCGACCCGUGCGAUCUUGUGCUUCGCUUGUAGGUGUGCGACUAAGUUAUGAGUUUUGUCGUUGGAUCCUUCGUCGUAGCUAGUCGCUUGCUCGUCUGGCUUCACGUGCGCAAGC